AAUUAGAGAUACAAGAAGGACGUAUUGAGGAAAACUACAACGAACUGACAUUAGCUGUAGUUAAACAUGGAGAGGAUUGGCACAGACAUGUGGAUAAUGCCGUCAACAAUCGCAAAUCUGAAAUUGAAGAAAACAAGAAAAAACAUAUAUCUGCCCUUAACAAACACAAAGUUGAAACGGAACAAAAACGGGCGAAUGUUAAAACAAGUAUUUCCGAAAUGAAUGCAAUACUUAAUUCUGGUAAUAUGUCCCUUGUGUCUGGUUAUAAAGGGGAAACAAAUGACUUGAAGAAAAUGCCUCCGCAUAUAAGAAUUACGAAACCACAAUUUACAGCAGGAGAAAUAGAUGACGAAAAGCUUUCGCUGUCAUUUGGAAACAUUUCUCCAGUAACUAUAUCCUUUGAAGAUGCAGAAGACAUUACUUUGACGACGGAAGAAGGUACCUCCUUGCUUAUCGAUGUAACUGAGGAGAAGCCAAAAAAUCCGCCACAAGUUAUAACGCUUACUGAGGACUCAAGAUUCAAGAUAUUUAUUGUAUUAAGUAUUGCAGGCCACCGGCCCAAAGUACAAUCAUGUUUUACAAUGUAG